AUGGCCGAUGCAAUAGAAUUAGCACCAGUGGCAUCAUCUAAUCUUUCAAUGGCAGCAGCAUUAGAAAUAGCACCAGUGGCAUCAUCUAAAAGUAGACCUCUGGUCUACAAACUCUACCUACGUAACAAAUACGAUGAUCAAGAAGAGGAAAAACUACGAAAUAUUGAAGCGUGCAGUAAAGCGAUGGUACCCGUACUUGAUCACAGAUAUGAUUGUGAUAAUAAUAAUCAAGUAGUACCAAGAUUUGUUAUACCACUCUUCAAGGAUGAUGGUCCGUGGGAAAUCAAGAAGAAACUUAAGCCAAGUGAUGUUAAUAGAUUGAGUAGACUUCUUCUGACUCAUGACAUGGUUGAGAAACACAUAUUCCCGUAUUGGGAUGACGAACGUGUGCAGCGUUGGUUAAAUGAUGAAAAUGUGUGUCCCAUGAAGGUUAUAGAGUUCGAUACUUGGAAGGUUCAUCACCUAGUUUUCAAGAAUUGGCCAACUAAUAAUUCCUAUGUGUUGCAAGGUGAAUGGGCUUCUGAAUUUGUUAAGGACAUGGGGUUAGAAGCUGGCGACCAGAUUGGAAUGUUCUAUAAUUCUGGGAUGGAUUGCUUGUAUUUUAAACUACUCGAGAAGCAUGCUUGA